CAUAUGCGUUGCAGUGGAAGAAUUCCAUGCUGUGUGUAGAACAUGAGACUACAAAUAUAAAACCCCAUUCACUUUGCCAAAACCAAGUCGUAACCUUCUCUUCUCCUUCUCCUUCUCCUCCUUCUUCGACUUUAUGUCUGCAAUUGGACUGGAGAGCAGGUGAUGAUUUGAAAACCAUUAGCCCACAAUUUGUCUCUGCCUUUGAAGAGUCCCACCAACCAUCUUGCGAUCUGCAACGCCCAGAUCUCUUGUAUCAGGCCUCUCAUUCUUCGUCAGUUCUUCCAUUUCUUGACAAGAAAGAUUAGGAUGAUUGCUUAGUGUUUGCAUCCAAGAAGUGCAAGUUCUGAAGUUCCUGGAUCAGUUCAAUCAGAAGCUUUUCUGCAAAUGGCUGUGAAGAAGAUCUCAUGGAGGUGUAUGGUCCUGAGCUGUUACAAAACGAAGGAAGAAACCGAGAAGUGCAAGCCCAAGAAGGAGGUGACAAAGCAGAACUCGUUCCAGAGGCUCUCUCUACUGGAUUUGAGCAACCCCAGUUCGACGACACUCUCGGAGGACCUCUCGAUAUCACUCGCCGGAUCAAACCUCCAUGUGUUCGCCCACCAGGAGCUGAAGCUGAUAACGCAGAGUUUCUCAUCGAGCAACUUCCUCGGGCAAGGCGGGUUUGGGCCCGUACACAAGGGAUUCAUCGACGACAAGCUGCGGCCCGGGCUGAAGGCCCAGCCCGUCGCCGUCAAGCUCCUGGAUUUGGAAGGGAUGCAGGGUCAUAGGGAGUGGCUGACAGAAGUGAUCCUUCUUGGGCAAUUGAGGCAUCCUCAUCUGGUGAAGCUGAUUGGUUACUGUUGUGAAGAUGAACAUAGACUUCUGGUCUAUGAAUACAUGCCUCGAGGGAGCUUGGAAAACCAAUUAUUCAGAAGGUAUGCGGCAACUUUACCGUGGUCCGCGAGAAUGAAAAUAGCGGUCGGAGCGGCAAAGGGUCUGGCGUUCCUGCACGAAGCAGAGAAUCCGGUCAUUUAUAGAGAUUUCAAGGCAUCAAACAUAUUGUUAGACUCUGAUUAUACGGCAAAGCUCUCAGAUUUUGGGCUUGCAAAAGAUGGUCCAGAAGGUGAUGACACACAUGUCUCAACCAGAGUGAUGGGGACACACGGCUAUGCUGCCCCUGAAUACAUCAUGACUGGCCAUUUGACAGCGAUGAGCGACGUUUAUAGCUUCGGUGUAGUACUCCUAGAACUCCUGACCGGAAGGAAAUCCGUGGAAAAGAACCGCCCUCACCGGGAGCAAAACCUUGCUGAGUGGGCCCGGCCCAUGCUGAAUGACUCCAAGAAGCUCUCACGAUUGAUGGACCCGAGGCUCGAGGGGCAAUACUCCGAGAGCGGGGCACGGAAGGCGGCCACGCUGGCCUACCAGUGCCUGAGCCACAGGCCCAAGAUGAGGCCAACCAUGAGCACAGUGGUCAAGACCUUGGAGCCACUCAAGAACUUUGAUGACAUCCCAAUUGGCCCAUUUGUCUACACAGUCCCCAUGGAGAUUGAUUCAUUGCAGAAAGAAGGAAAACGGAAGGAAGUGAAGAAAAGGAAUGGGCAUCGUCACCAUAACCAUCAACUUCACCAGGGCCAUAGACACAAUCACCGUCACCAUCACCAAGAUGUCAGGCCUCCAACGAAGUCUCCAAGUCACUCUGAUUCUGCUCUUAGACACAACAACCACACGAAUGGAUUGAAUUCUCCCUUGAGAAGCUGUUGAAGCCUAAUGCAAAUAAGAUUGGGAAUAGAUUUGCCAAAUAGUGUGCAACACAGUAUAGGGUCAAGGGCAAGGUUUAACUCUCGCAAGUUAGUUUCGAGGAGGCUGUUUUUGUCCUUUCCUUUUGUCUUUUGGAUAGUUGACGAAUGUCUGCGGAUCACUAUUAUAUUUUGAAAUUGUAAAAAGUGCUUUUUUUUAUUGCACAUAGUUUUGUUCUCUUUAAGCGUCACUCUUUAAUCAAAAUCUUUUUUU